CCAUCAACAGUAGAUUCAGAACUCUCGAACGUGUUUGUAAAAUCUCUCUCUCUCUCUCUCUCUCUCUCUCUCUCUCUUUCUGUCUCGGAGGAGAGAAGUGGAAGGGCGACGACGAUGGAUCGGCUGCAGCUGCUGCUUCUAGGGCUACCCCUCUACCUCUUCUUCUCCGACGCCGUCAACCUCUUCACCCCUCGUCCGCCGCCCCCUCCCNCCCACCCCCACCCCCACCCUCACCAACACCCCUCGUCGUCGUCGUCGGCGGCGGCGUCGUCGCCCUCUCUCCUCCAAUCCCCCUCCGAUCUCCCCUCCCCUCACCAGAUCGGAGUGGGGGCGGUGGGCUACGGCACCACCGUCGAGCUCAAGUUCUGCGCCUCUUGCUCUUACAGGGGAACUGCAAUGACGAUGAAGAAAAUGCUGGAAGCUUCAUUUCCUGGGAUUGAUGUAAUUCUUACUAAUUAUCCUCCACCCCUUCCAAAACGCUUGCUUGGCAAGUUAGUCCCUGUUCUUCAAAUGGGAGCUAUUGGCGUUAUAGUGGCCGGCGAUCAGAUAUUCCCUAGAUUGGGAAUGGCACCACCUGCAUGGUAUUUCUCCUUGCAAGCCAAUAAAUUUGGAGCUAUUGCCUCAACUUGGCUUUUAGGCAAUUUCCUACAGAACUUCCUUCAGAGUUCGGGUGCAUUCGAAGUUUACUGCAAUGGUGACUUGGUAUUCUCAAAAUUGCAGGAGCAAAGAUUCCCUAGCGAGUAUGAAUUGAGAGAACUCAUUAAGAGUAGACUGCCUGAUUCUCAGUUUGGGAAGAAUAUUGGAGGAGUUUGGUCCUAGUGGGUUAGGGUUAAGUUUUUGAAAUUAAGACUACAUCUUGGCAUGAUGUUGAACAUACUAAAGUGAGAUAUGUGCUUAUUUUAUUAUGCUUACUCUUAACACUGCAGAUAAUUGGCUGUAAAAGGAGACCUUUUUAUUUGUUUCUGAAUUUGGUUUACUUAUGGUAACAAUUUUUGCUGUUCCUUUGAUAUAUUA